UCAGUCUGUGGGUAAGGACCUGCUUCCUGCUGGUCUAAUUUCCGCUUGCUGCUUGGCAGCUCUGUUGAGGCUAGGCUAGGGAUUCAGUCAGAUUCAAAACAACUCGUCCAGACUUGAUCCAGACAUCAUCCAGUCAGACAUUAUUCGUUGCUACAUCCUCAUUGCCAGUGACGUGUCCUCUCGCCAGAUUGCCGUCGUCCGUGCGACGUCGCCAUGCUCUCGACGACGAUCCGCGAAUCAUCAGCGCUCGCAUGGGCGUUGGCGACGGUUCUGCUCCUCGCAUCCCCAUGGGUCGCGGAAUCCGCAGUCCACCGAUAUAAGGGCGAGCGGUUCUUUCCGGCUUCCGACGCGUUCUUAUUUCGGGGGGGUCGCGAGGGUCUCUUUAUGUCGACGCCCUACGCCAUCGCCAACUGGCAGACCGUCGCUAAGGGCGUGUCUAACGGCAAAGCUUACAUUCGAUUCGACCACCUGGAGUUCCACCGGCCAGAGGAGGAGGCGCAGCGCGCGCCGCGGACCGGGAAAACUGGGCUGAUAGAGGCUCUCCUGUUCGACGUGGAAGAUCGCGAUCGGAUCGGAUACGCCACGUCAGAGAAGACGCGAUCCUUCUGCUGCACACCCGAGCUCGUGCAGCGCACUGGGUGCAACCCCGGCCACGUCAUCGUCCGGCCAAGGGAUGGGGACCACCAGUGGCCUCGGGUGGUGGAGAUCAACUUCUUUGGCAACGACACGGCAGUGGUGGCAGCGCCUUCCGAGAUCCGCAUCAAGAUGACGGGCAUGUACUACCUCUGGUUUGUCAUCUGCGACAAGAGCCUGGCGGGCGUGUCUGUAACGGGGACAACCGUGUGGAAGAACCCCGAUGGGUACCUGCCGGGCAUGAUGGCGCCGUACCUCACCUUCUACGAGAUCAUGGCUGUGGUGUACACCAUCCUGGGCAUCGUCUGGUUCGUGUCCUACUUCCGCUUCUGGCAGGACGGCCUGCAGAUCCACACGUGCAUCACGGCCGUCCUAGUCCUCUCUAUGGUCGAGAUGGCCACCUGGUAUUUCGACUUCGCGAACUUCAACUCCUCCGGCUUCCGCCCCAUGGGCACCACCAUUUGGGCGGCGACUCUCGGCGCCAUCCGCAAGGCGGUCUCCCGGGUCCUCGUGCUGGUCGUCUCCAUGGGGUUCGGCGUCGUUCGGCCCACUCUUGGAGGACUUUCAGGGAAGGUGAUCGCGCUGGGAGUGGGGUACUUUGCGGCGGUGGAGCUGCUAGACGUGAUGCAGAACGUGGGGGCGAUUGACGAUCUCACGAGCAGCGAGCGGCUGUUCCUGGUGCUGCCGGUGGCUGUGCUAGAUGCCAUCUUCAUCCUCUGGAUCUUCUCGGCGCUCUCCAAGACGCUCGCCCAGCUGCAGGCCAAGCGCACCACGCACAAGCUGGAGCUCUACAGAAAGUUCACCAACGGGCUGGCUAUUGCUGUUAUGGUGUCGGUGGCAUGGAUAGGCUUCGAGAUGUACCUGCGCACGUCUGACCCGUACAACGAGCAGUGGGAGGGCGAUUGGAUCACGGGGUGCUUCUGGCAUGUGCUCACGCUAAUGCUCCUGUGCCUCAUCUGCGUGCUGUGGGCGCCCUCUAAGAAUGCCACAAGAUAUGCAUACUCGGAGGAUGUCCCUGAGGAGGUGGGGGAGGAGGAGAUAGCAUUGACCGCAGUUUCAGCUGCUAGUGGCUCUGCAGGGGCGGAGAAGAAGCAGGCAGUGAACACAGAUGUGUUCUCCUUGGACGAUGACAUGGAGGAGGGGAAGAAGGAGUAGAGGGGUAGAGGUUGUAUUCCACUUAUUGUUUGCGCCGCUGCUUUACGAGAGAUGGAGAAGAAGCAAGCGGUUGCUGGUAACACAGAUGGGUUCUCGUUGGAUGAUGACAGGGGAAGGAGUAGAGGUAGAGGUCUAGAGGUUGCCUUGCACUAGUUGACUAUUGAGUCGACGCAAAAGAGGAGGGAGGAAUAGAGGUAGAGGACGGGAGGCGGCUUUGCACUCAAUGUUUGUGCUGCGGUGACUUUUGAGUCGACACAAAAGUCACCUCGAGUCGAGAGGCGGCUUUGCACUCAUUGUUUGUGCUGCUUCAGGGGGAGGGGGGGGAGAAGCAGCAGGCUGUCAUCACAGAUGGGUUCUCCGAGGUUUGAUGCGUUAGACUGAUUGACUGAUUGACUUUUGACUGAUUGACUGAUUGACUUUUGACUCGAUUCGUCUGAGGAAGGAGGACUAGAGGCAGAGGAAGAGGGUGAGUUGCUUAUUGUUUGUGUUGCCUCAGGGCGAGGGGAGUUGGAGCAGCCAAUUGAUGCUGAUGUGUUCUCCCUUGAUGGUAAGAUGGGGGGGAAGAGAGCGAAUACCAGUAGUAAGUCAGGUUAGAUCUAUAGAUAAGGCAGGGAUUGCGAUGGCGAGACGGGGGGGAAGAAAGCGUGAGAAGAAGAGAGGUGCAGUGAGGUGCAGUGAGGUGCGGCUGGAAGGAGGAGGUGUGCUGGAGCAUGGGGUGCAGAUGACGCACUUGGAGGGGUCAUGAUAUUGAAGGGGGAACCCCCUAAGAAGCAGUGCAGUCUAGAAGCGGGCCAAGAAAUGUUGGUGGUAUGGUUUGUUACAAGCUGGUGUGAAUAGUGCAGUAGUUGGAAAAGUAUUCAAUGUAGAGUUGAUGUUGCACCCUAACUGCCACACCAGUGCUGGGAGACAAGGGACACUUAGUGGGAGAUAUGGAGAUACCGAGUCUAAG